AUGGAGAGGGUCACAAUACACACGGCAGCAUGUUUCACCAUAGCAUUCGUGGUUCUCACCACGAUCAUCUCCAAGAUCAUUGCAAGAAUCAGAACUGUUCAUCUUGUGCGCAAAGGAGAAAGAUCACCAAUUACUCAGCGCCCACCACAUGUUGUGAGUGGAGCUCCUCUAAUGGCAGCCCUGCUCACACUUGUGACGCCCAAGAAGGGUUUACAUGCUGCAAUCCAUGAACUACACAUGAAGAUGGGAAGUGUGUUCACAGUGAACCUUUUCGGGCUAAAGAAGGUUACAUUUUUGGUUGGGCCAGAGGUCACUCCUCAUUUCUUCAAGGGAUCGCCAUCCGAUAUCGACUUCGGGGAUACAGCUAAGAUCAUUGUGCCCGUCCUCGGUCCAGGAGUUCUGUUUGGUGUGGACAUGGCUACCAGGAAUGAGCAGAUCCGAUUUUGUACCAAGGCGAUACAGCCGGCGAGGUUGCGAAGAGAUGUUCAUUCCAUGGUUUGCGAAGUGGAGGACUACUUUGCAAAAUGGGGACAAAGUGGCACGGUUGAUUUAAAGCAUGAGCUUGGCCACCUAAUCGUGUUGAUCGCAAACAGAUGCUUGCUUGGCAAUGAGAUCAAAGUCAACAACUUGGAAGAAGUGUCAAAACUCCUCCAUGAACUAUUUGAAAACAGCUUCCACAUGAUCAACUUAUUCUUCCCGCACCUCCCAAUUCCGCCGCACCGCCGACGCGACGAAGCGCGUGCAAGGCUGGGAGAAAUACUCCACGAGAUAGUCAGAUCACGUAGAAGAAUUAGCCCAGCCCGAGUUAUGGACAACAAUGAUGACAACGAAGGCGAUGUGUUGCAGAGCUUCAUAGACUCAAAAUACAGUGACGGCCGAUCCAUGACAGAGAGUGAGAUCGUCGGGCUACUCAUUGCCAUCUUGUUCGCCGGGCAGCAUACGAGCUCAAGUAGCAGCACCUGGACAGGAGCUUGCCUGCUAAGCAAUCAAAAGUACAUGACAGCUGCCAUGGAAGAGCAACAGAAAAUCAUUGAGCAAAAUGGAGAACCCAUUGACUACACCAUCUUGUCAAAGAUGGAUACCUUGCGUUUCUGUAUCAAAGAGGCACUGAGGCUUUAUUCUCCGACGCCAUUAUUACUUCGUCAUGCACACAAGAGCUUCGCUGUGCAAACCAGAGAUGGCAUGGAAUAUGAGAUCCCAGAAGGGCAUGCUUUGGCGUGCUCCAUAGCAGUAAGCAACAAGUUGCCUUACAUAUUUAAGAACCCUAAUGUGUAUGAUCCAUGCCGGUUUGGCCCAGGAAGAGAGGAGGACAAAACUGGCGGCAAGUUUUCAGACAUAUCGUUUGGUGCUGGGAGGUAUUCUUGCUUGGGACAGGAUUAUGCUUUCAUGCAAAUCAAGGUGAUAUGGAGCUAUUUGCUGAGGAACUUCGAGCUUGAGUUGAUCUCUCCUUUCCCCGAAUUAGAGAAUGAUAAAAUAUUACCAGGACCUAGAGGAAAUGUGAUGGUUACCUACAGGAGAAUGUCAAUAGUUACUUAG